AUGUCCCUCCUCCAUCCGCUGCUGCGCAACGCAAGGAACGCUGGUCGUGUGGCCCCUAUCUACCGUAGGAUGGCCAGUACUAGCGCAACCCCCGCCCCAACAGAGUCACGGGAAGGCAAGGACGCCGCUACGGAAGAAAUCGUUCCGGUGCCCAACCGUGAAAUCGUAACAGCUGACGUAGCUAGCGGCGCACCGACCCAACUUCGACACCGCUGCGUCCGCAUUUACCAGCCGACCAGGAAUACCAUGCAAAGCGGCGAGUCCAAGGGCACCCGCUGGAGGGUUGACUGGGAUAUCCUACAGGGUGGCGGACGAUGGGAGAAUCCAUUGAUGGGAUGGGCAAGCUCGGCCGAUUACAUGCAGGGGACGAGGCUGUCGUUCCGUACGAAGGAGGAUGCUAUACACUUCGCGGAAAAGCAAGGUUGGGAUUACUACGUUCAAGCACCUCCCGUGACCAAGAUUCCUCCCAAGAACUACGCCGAGAACUACGUCUACAAACCACACAAACUUCGCAUUGCUCGUACGAAGUAG